AUGCCUUUGCCUUCAAUCAAGGAAAUCGCAUUCAAAUUUAGUAUAAAAUUUGUUGACACAUUCCGUUUUAUGAGUGAGUCAUUAAGUAAACUUGCAACUAAUUUGUCUGAAGAUAAAUCAAGGUUUAGAGAAACUUCUAAAAUAUUUUCUAAGAAAGCAUUAGAUCUAGUUACACGGAAAGGAGUCUUCCCUUAUGAAUAUGUUAAUAGUUGGAGUAAAUUAGAUGACACUUGUUUACCAUCAAAGUCUGAAUUUUAUAACUCUUUAACGGAUGAAAAAAUUAGCGAUGAAGAUUAUAUGCACGCAAAAAUUAUAUGGGAUACAUUUAAUAUUAAGACUUUAGGUGAAUAUAGCGAUCUUUAUUUGAGAACUGAUGUUACCAUACUAGCUGAUGUAUUCGAAAAUUUUAGAGACUUAUGUAUAUCUACUCUCGCACUAGAUCCUGCUCAUUAUAUGACAGCUCCUGGAUUUGCUUUUGAUUGUAUGCUUAAGUAUACAGACGUUAAGUUGGAAAGGUUAAAGGAUUAUAACAUGCUACUUUUUUUUGAAAAAUCUAUUCGAGGAGGUAUUUGUCAAUCAACUAAAAGAUACGCUAAAGCGAAUAUACCAAAUAUUAAAGGACUGAAUUAUAAUUCAAAUGAACCGAUUACAUGGAUUACAUAUCUCGACUGUGUAAAUCUGUAUGGAAAGUCUAUGUUAACAGAAUUACCUUUUAAAGAUUUUAAAUGGGUUGACGAUCUCAACAUAGAUGUAACUAAAAUUGCUGAUGAUUCGGAAGUUGGUUACAUAUUAGAAGUUGAUAUCGAGUAUCCUAAACAUUUACAUAAAACCCAUAAUGAUUUCCCAUUUUUACCUUUUAGUGGAUGUCCACCAAAUUCGAAAGUAAAGAAAUUACUUACUACACUAUCAUCGAAAAAAAACUAUAUAAUACAUUAUAAAAACUUGAAACAGGCGAUUGAAAACGGUAUUAUAGUAACGAAAAUCCACCGAGCUAUCAGCUUUUCUCAAAGUAAAUGGAUGGCAUCAUACAUUGAGUUAUGUACAAAUAUGAGAGUAGAGGCUAAAAACGAAUUUGAAAAAAAUUUCUGGAAGUUGUUAAUUAAUAGUGUCUUUGGGAAAUGUAUGGAAAACGUUCGUUCUAGAACUGCUAUAGAACUGGUUUCAUCUGAGAAAAAGGCAAGGAAAUUAAUGGCAAAAACUAGUUUUAAGGAUAGGACUAUAUACACCAAGAAUCUUAUGGCUAUUCAUCAGCAUAAGGAGACUAUUAAAUUCGAUAAAGCAAUUUAUACAACACAUUUUUUCAAUGAUUUAAAAAAUAGUUUACUACCAUAUUUCGAUACAUCUAAUUACCCUAAAGACCACUAUUGUUUUAGCGAAAUACAUGAAAAUCAACCUGGUUAUUUCAAAGAUGAAAUGAAAGGAAUUAUUCUGAAAGAAUUCAUAUCACUGAGACCGAAAUUGUAUGCAUAUAAAACUGUAGACGAUGUUGAAGAAAAAAAAGCGAAAGGUGUAAAGAAAUAUUCGUAA